CAAUCACCCAAGUCUUUAAAAAAGCAAAAAAAAUAUCCAUUAUAUGCCUUUUAAAAACCACAAAACUUCCUAAGAAAACUGUGCCACCACUUCUCUCAGACUCUCAUUUCCCCUCCGUUCUUAAUCUCUUGAGAACUUCAAAUUUUGAAUCCGUCUUUCUGACUUUUCAUCAUGUCGGAUUACGACUUCUCUUCCUCUAGGACCUCAUGUGCUUGCCAUUGUAUCAAAUUCAUAUUGGGUUUAGGUGUCCUAGCUUUAAUCCUAUGGCUAAGCCUACGUACCACGAAGCCCAAAUGUUCCAUCGGAGAUGUUUACGUGCGAGGCCUCGAUAAAUCGAUCAAUUCCAACAACAAUACGAUGAAGCGCGAUAACCAUCUAUCGUUUCAAGUCCAUUUGAAGAAUGAAAUGAAGGACAAAGCCGUUCGUUACGAUAAUAUUACGGUUAAUUUCUACUAUGGUACAAAUACAAGUUAUCCUCUUGGUAAUUUUACAAUUGAAGGAUUUAAACAAGGUAAAGAUAAAGAAGCUUUUAAAAGUGGCAUGAUUGAGACACAUAAUAUGCCAUGGGAUGAUGCAAUUAAAGUUGUUUCAAAUGGAUCUAAGGCAAUUUUUAGAGUUGAUGUAAGUAGUAGAAUUAAGUACAAAAUUACAUUUUGGUAUACUAAAAAACAUAAUUAUUUUGUCGAAAAUAAAGUUGAAGUUGAUAAUACUGGUAAAUCUAGUGCAAAACAAAUUAGUUGUUGUUUUGGGUUUUUUGGAUUAAUAUUAUUUGUUUUGUCAUUUUUACUUUAAUUGUUUUAGGGUUCAUGAAAAGUAGAAGCAUCUUUUUGACUAAUUAAUUUAGAGUACUUUUUUUUUAUUCUUUCUUUCCAGGUUGUAAAGGACUUGCAUUGGUUAAUGAUCAUAUUUUAUUUUUUUCUACAA